UCUAUUAAUGACCUCCAUUUUACAUUGAAGAAGUGAUUUACUCGAGAACACCUUGACCCAAGCCAUGACUCAUGAUAUCACUCUUUUUCCUGGAUGAAUUGACCGUCAUGAUGUGCUGUUUCUGUUGCAUGUAUAUCUGACAUGUUCUGUUUCUCUGCACGACGAAAUUUCCCUAUACUGUGAACUCUAUAUAAGGUGGCUUGGAGGUAAUCGCUAACAUCCAUAAGCCCUCUAGCUAGAAGUAAUCUUUUUGCUUGUGUUAGCAAACGUACGUGAGACAGAGUGCUAAGACACUAGAUUAAAUCCUGGGAGAGGUAAACCUCUGUUGAUAUGGAACUUGUGUUACUCAUUUCACUUGCAGUAGUGAUAACCUUUCUUGGAUUGCUAGAGCUUUUGUAUUCUGGGCUGGUGCUAAAACCAGAAAGGCUUCGUUCUGUACUAAGGAAGCAAGGCAUUAGGGGACCAAGUCCAUCCCUGCUGCUUGGAAACAUAAGCGAGAUCAGGAAGUCUCAAUCCACAACAGUAAAGGCUUCUACAAAUGAACCACCGGUUUUCCACAACUGUGCUGCUACCCUCUUUCCAUUUUUUGAGCAAUGGAGGAAGCAAUAUGGUCCAGUAUUUGUAUUUUCGUUGGGCAACACACAAAUAUUAUACGUGAGCCGGGCUGAUGUGGUGAGAGAAAUUAGUACAUGCACAUCGUUAGAAUUUGGGAAGCCUUCAUAUCAGCAGAAAGAACUCGGUUCUUUGCUUGGUCAGGGCAUUCUGACUUCAAAUGGGAAAGUUUGGGCCCAUCAGAGGAAAAUCAUCGCCCCUGAAUUAUACGGUGACAAGGUUAAGGGAAUGAUGAGCUUGAUAAUUGAAUCCACCACUGCGCUGCUAAACUCAUGGAAGAGCAGAAUUGAUAAAGAGGGUGGAGUAGCAGAGAUCAAAAUUGACGAGGGUAUGAGAAGCUUCUCCGGAGAUGUUAUCUCUAGAGCCUGUUUUGGGAGCAAUUAUUCCGAAGGAGCAGAAAUUUUCUCGAGACUAAGAGCUCUUCAGGAGGCUAUGUCCAAGAAAAGUCUAUCCACUGGAAUUCCUGGCAUUAGAUAUAUUCCCACCAAGAACAAUAGAGAAGCAUGGGCGUUAGAGAAAGACGUCCGCAAUUUGAUACUCGAAAUAGUCAAAGAGAGAAAGGAAACUGCACAUGAGAAGGAUCUCUUGCAAAUGGUCCUUGAGAGUACCAAAACUAGCAACCUGGGACAGGAUGCAAUGGACCGGUUCAUUGUUGAUAACUGCAAGAAUAUAUACUUGGCAGGGUAUGAGACUACAGCAGUUUCUGCCACAUGGUGCCUCAUGCUGUUGGCUGCAAAUCAAGAAUGGCAGCAUCGUGUCCGUGCAGAAGUUCUUGAAGUCUGUGGAUCAGGUUGUCUUCCAGACGCAGAUAUGCUUCGCAAGAUGAAACAGCUAAAUAUGGUGAUUCAUGAAUCGUUGCGACUUUAUCCACCAGUGGCGGUGGUGUCAAGGGAGGCCUUUAAGGAGAUGAAAUUUGGGGGCAUUACCGUUCCCAAGGGUGUGAAUGUGUGGACAAUGGUGCUGACACUGCAUACUGAUCCUGAAGUGUGGGGACCGGAUGCAUACAGGUUCAACCCAGAUAGAUUUGCAAAAGGCAUAACAGGCGCUUGCAAGCUCCCACACCUAUACAUGCCAUUUGGUGUUGGGCCUCGGAUGUGUCUUGGACAGAACUUGGCUAUUGCUGAAAUCAAGAUACUGAUAGCUCUCAUUCUGUCACAAUUCUCUCUCUCCCUCUCACCCAAAUACAUUCACUCGCCCGCUCUUAGGCUGGUCAUAGAGCCAGAACGUGGAGUUGAUCUCUUGAUAAAGACGUUGUGAUCAGCAAACCUAUAUAAGCAGUGAGAAUCGGCUUCCUCCUGCUUCAACUUUCAAGAGAAGCUAUAUAUAUGAUGAUGAGUGUUGCUGCAAUUUUACUUAUUCGCAUUGCUCGUCCCAUUCCUUUGCACUUGGCACCUGGUGUACAUGCCUGUUAUCUAUGAUGAAUAAUCUAUUCCUCUCCAUCCUGCUCAACGGACGGUGUUGCCCCU